AUUUCCAAGCGCCGGCGGCUCGCCGCUUCCUCUCCUUGUUUUGCUUUCGAUCUGGACCUUUCGCAGCCGAGGCGGAGGGAGUAACUUUUAGUUUUGCUCCCGCGAUUAUUCAGCGCCUGUUUUCAUUUCCAUUUCGCGUCCCCUGGCAACGGCGGUAACCUUGAGGAAUUAUAUAAGUGCCGCGAAGACGCGCUGGAAAGAUCAAAGGUGACAAGAAUAGCAGAGCAGAGAAGUUAAGAAUGAUGCAGAGAAUGCAGUUGUGAAGAACAAAGGAGAGAGGAAGGAGCUGAGCCUGGUGUAGUGGGGGAGAGAAGAAGCAGCCCAAAUCUCCUUCCAGUGCAGGUAACAAUGCCUGUCGAAAGAAUGCGGAUGCGCCCGUGGCUGGAAGAACAAAUAAAUUCUAACACAAUACCAGGGCUGAAAUGGCUAAAUAAGGAGAAGAAGAUUUUUCAAAUUCCCUGGAUGCAUGCUGCAAGACAUGGGUGGGAUGUUGAAAAAGAUGCUCCCUUAUUUAGAAACUGGGCAAUUCACACAGGAAAAUACCAGUCAGGAGUAGAUAAACCCGACCCAAAGACAUGGAAGGCAAACUUCCGGUGUGCUAUGAACUCUCUGCCUGAUAUAGAAGAAGUGAAGGACAAAAGUAUAAAGAAAGGAAACAAUGCCUUCAGGGUGUACCGGAUGCUGCCGUUAUCUGAAAGACCUUCCAAAAAAGGAAAAAAAACGAAGUCUGAGAAGGAUGACAAGUUCAAACAAAUUAAGCAAGAGCCAGUUGAAUCAUCUUUUGGGAUUAAUGGGCUAAAUGAUGUUACUUCUGACUAUUUCCUGUCCUCCAGUAUAAAAAAUGAAGUUGACAGUACAGUGAACAUUGUAGUUGUAGGACAGCCGCACCUUGAUGGCAGCAGCGAGGAGCAGGUGAUAGUUGCCAAUCCUCCAGAUGUUUGCCAGGUGGUAGAGGUGACAACAGAAAGUGAUGAACAGCCUCUCAGCAUGAGCCAGUUGUACCCCCUACAGAUCUCCCCUGUCUCGUCCUAUGCAGAAAGUGAAACGACCGACAGUGUUCCAAGCGAUGAAGAAAAUGCAGAGGGACGACUUCAUUGGCAGAAGAAAAACAUCGAAGGCAAACAAUAUCUCAGCAAUCUGGGAAUGCGGAACACUUCUCAUAUGCUUCCCAGCAUGGCUACUUUUGUAGCCAACAAGCCUGACCUCCAGGUCACCAUCAAAGAAGAAAGCUGCCCGCUGCCUUACAACAGCUCCUGGCCGCCUUUCCCAGACAUCCCUCUGCCACAAGUAAUGUCCACAGCCUCCACUAGCAGCAGCCGGCCAGACCGCGAGACACGGGCUAGCGUCAUCAAGAAAACGUCAGACAUCACCCAGUCAAGAGUCAAGAGCUGCUAAGCUGUGACAGUGUGUUUUUUAGCUUUGUUUUGUUUGGUUUUGUAUUUUACGUUUCUCUAGGAGAGGUUCAUCCCUUGACGCACAUUAGACAAAUCUAAGGUAAAGAAAGCCUUGGCAAUAUAAAACAUUGCUGUGUCUGACUCCAGUGCCGGAGUGUUUUUAACUCAGGACUCCAGCCGUCAGUGUGUACAUCUGAACCCAAGGUGGACUUGCAGGGUUGCUACGUAGGAAAAUAAAACAAGAACUUUGGCCCACUUGCAGGUUCCAGUGUUUCAUAAGAGGACCAACUGACCACAAGGGAAGUGGUGCUGCUGCGCUUAUUGCUGUCAAGGCCGUGAUGGAACUGAAAGCCUCAGAAUGGAAGAGAAAAUGUGAACUAGCUGGAAUAUUUUUAAAUAAGAAAAAAUCUAUUGUGAAUAUUGUACAUAGUGCAGUACUAGCAACGUUGCAGUCUGCUUCUGCACCUUAUUAAGAAAGCACUUACAAAAGGCCUUUUAUUACCUUGCUCUACUUAAUGGCACAUUGAAGGUCCCUCCCCACCUGUAUUCUUUUCCAAGGCUAUUCUUGCUAAAGUGUCUCGAAAGAAUAGUGGAAAGGAAAGAAAGAUAAAACUUUCCUUGUGGAUUUCAUACAUUUUAAGACUGCUUUUCUCUUCUCGUGUUUGUUUUCUAAUCUGCUAUGCUUGAAUGCCGCGUGGUACAAUAGGGGAAAAAAAAAAAACUAUUACAGAGAUGUUAUGCAAAUUCCCAGAUUUAAAAAAAAGAAUACUCUAAUUCUAACCAGAGCAAGCUUUUUUAUUUUUUAUACAGGGGAAUAUUUUAUUCAAAAUAAAAUUCUAAAGUGAAUAUAAUUUUUUUUAAUCUUUUCUACAGCAAAUUUAUAAUUUUAAGAUUCAAUCCUUGGUUAUCAGCAGUUAUUACAUCCUUGUGGCACAUUUUUUUUUAAUUUUGUAAAGGUGAAAUAGCUUUUAUGAGCUCAUGUAGCAAUCAGAUUAUCCUGUGGAUUGAUAAUAAAUAUGGUAUAUAGUUAAAUUUUUAAUAA